AGGCGCGAGCCGCCCGGCCGCUGUGAGGCGCAGGAGAAGCCGGAGUGCCAGCUUUCCUAGUGCUGUCUGGUUGUUGAAACAGGCUUCUGGCCUGGGUCCGGGGCCGGCAUGGGGAAGGUGAAUGUGGCCAAGUUGCGUUACAUGAGCCGGGAUGACUUCAGGGUCCUGACCGCGGUUGAAAUGGGCAUGAAGAACCAUGAAAUUGUUCCCUGCAGUUUGGUUGCUUCUAUAGCCAGCCUUAAACAUGGUGGUUGUAAUAAAGUUUUAAGAGAACUAGCAAAACAUAAACUUAUAGCUUGGGAGCGAACCAAAACUGUCCAGGGCUAUCGGUUGACAAAUGCAGGCUAUGAUUACCUAGCUUUGAAAACACUUUCUUCUAGACAGGUGGUUGAGUCUGUUGGAAACCAGAUGGGUGUUGGCAAAGAAUCUGAUAUUUACAUUGUUGCAAAUGAAGAAGGGCAGCAAUUUGCAUUAAAGCUUCACAGACUGGGAAGAACCUCCUUUCGAAAUCUGAAAAACAAGCGUGAUUAUCAUAAACACAGGCAUAACAUGUCUUGGCUUUAUUUAUCUCGUCUCUCUGCCAUGAAAGAAUUUGCUUAUAUGAAGGCAUUGUAUGAAAGGAAAUUUCCAGUUCCAAAGCCAGUUGAUUAUAAUCGCCAUGCAGUGGUCAUGGAACUCAUAAAAGGCUAUCCUCUAUGUCAGAUACACCAUGUUGAAGAUCCUGCAUCAGUAUAUGAUGAAGCUAUGGAACUAAUUGUUAAACUUGCAAAUCAUGGGCUGAUUCAUGGAGAUUUCAAUGAAUUCAAUCUCAUUUUGGAUAAAGAUGACCACAUCACCAUGAUCGAUUUUCCACAAAUGGUUUCAACUUCACAUACCAAUGCUGAAUGGUAUUUUGACAGAGAUGUUAAAUGCAUCAGAGAUUUCUUCAUGAAACGUUUCAGCUAUGAAAGUGAGCUUUUCCCAACCUUUAGUGAUAUCAGGAGGGAGGACUCUCUUGAUGUAGAGGUUUCUGCCAGCGGCUACACAAAGGAAAUGCAGGCAGAUGGUGAACUACUUCAUCCAGUAGGUCCAUAUGAUAAAAAUAUUGAAACAGAGGAGGGAUCUGAAUUCUCAUUUUCUGAUGAAGAGAUAUCAGAAAAAGCAAAGGACUGUAGGUCAGAUAAUGAAAGAGGACAAAACUCUAUAGGUGAAUCAGUUGACUGCUGUUACAGAUCAUCUGGAGACCUUGAACAAAUAAAGGAAGACAGUUUGUCAGAGGACAGUGCUGAUGCACAUAGUUUUGAAAUGACUGAAUUCAAUCAACCUUUAGAAGAAAUAAAAGGGCAGGUUGUUAAAAACAAUUCUGUAACUGAGUUUUCUGAGGAGAAUAGCAGAACUGAACAUGACACCAGGCAAGAUAAGACAGGUCAAGGUGGAAUCCUCAUGGGCUCUGAGGAGUAUGAAGAUGAGUGCCCUCAUAUGAUUGCCUUGUCAUCAGUAAACAAAGAAUUCAAGCCUUUCAGAGAUGAAGAAAAUAUGGAAGAUACUAAUCAACAUAGAACAAGAACUCUGAGUGUUACUUCUGCGGGCAGUGUGUUAAGCCGUUCAACAGUUCCUCCGGAAUUGGUGAAACAGAAGGUGAAGCGUCAGUUGACAAAACAGCAAAAAUCAGCUGUGAGACGACGAUUACAGAAAGGAGAAGCAAAUAUAUUUACAAAGCAACGGAGAGAAAACAUGCAAAAUAUUAAAUCAAGUUUGGAAGCAGCUAGCUUUUGGGGAGAGUAAUAUAGUUAAGAACUUGAAUAUUUUUCAAAAAGUUACUAUGAUCCCUUUUUAAGCCACCUUUAGUAUUUUUUGGACCAAGGUAGAUAUAUAUAUAAAUAGAUAAGUAAACCCUCUUUC